CCGAACACACCUUCUAUCAUGGCGUCGGUAACUUUGCGUGACUGUUUUCUCUGUGUUUCAGCGUUUAUUAACUUUAUCUUUGUCUUCGUGACAGGCGCUGAUUUUGUUCGUUUUGUGUCGUUUCGCGCUAUCUAUCAUAACCUGAGCGGGGGCGCGCCUCUGUGUCGAGAGUCUGUGUCGUGGUCUGUGGCCCUGCGUGACGGUGCGAUCUUACGGGCUGUAGCUGUGGAUGUUUUCCUUCUGGUCCUCUUCAGUGUUCAGCACAGUGUUUUGGCAUGGGGUCCAGUGAAGAGAGCCUGUCAGGACCUGCUGGGGGUUUUAUCCAGAACCAUGUACUGCUUCACCACUGCUCUAGCACUGCAGGUGUUGAUGCGAUGUUGGCAGCCGGUCACCAGCCCCUGUCUGUGGUCGGUGCAGAACACCAGCUGGGAUAUUUUCUUCCCUCUCAUCUGUUUUAUUUUACACUUUCUGUGCUGGGCGAUCAUCUGCAGUAUUCUCCUUAUAUUUGACUAUCCAGAAUUAAUGGGCAUCAAACAGGUGUAUUACGAGUGUUUGGGUCUGGGCGAUCCUCUCUCUUUAAAGUCUCCACGUGCCCAGCGGCUCUUCGCUCACCUGAGACAUCCCGUCUGUGUGGAGCUGCUGGCGGUUCUUUGGGUUCUUCCCACGUUUCCUGUGGACCGUCUCGUGCUGGCCGUUUAUCUGUCUGUGUAUCUGAUGGUGGCUCACUCUCUGGACACACAGGACUGUACAUAUCUCAACCGACAGCUGCAGACCAAACUGAAACUCUUCUGCGCACCGCUAGACCAAAGUGAUCAGAGUAAUAACAACGUCAACAAACAGGACUAAAAAAACAAGUGUUAUAUUCACAUCAGCAUGAGGUCAUCAUGACCGGUGGAAAAACUCAAUCAUGAUAUUUCUGAUAUAAAAAAUAGAGGUUAACAAUGAUCAAGUCAUUUCAACAUCAAAAUAAACUGAGCGAUCUCUAUCUUACAGUUCCAGCAGCUCAUCUCCAGUCCAGAUUUAAAAUAGUUGAAGUGCCUUAUACAGUCAGAUUGAUUUGAAUCAUCUUCAUUCAUUUUUAUUCGGUUUAGUUUUUGUGUCGUAAUCUGUUUACAGAUUCUUGAUGAAAUCUAUUCAUAAAUCAUAAGGUACGUACAACUUCACAUUUUAAUACCUACAUAAAGUGUUGUUUUUAAGAAAAAUUAGAAACAUGACCGAUGAUUUUUAACUACUUUAAAUUCAACGUUUCGUAUCAUUUUUGGAAGUAAUUGAGAGAUUGUUUUGAUGAAUUAUCAUUUAAAGAGUUUGGUUCCAAAAUGAGAUAAGUCAUUCACUUGUUAUCAUGUUUUUAUUGUGUUAGUUAGCAGUAUUUUUUUAGUUAUUAGGGCUUGAUUCCACACAAACAACUGCAAUUUGAUUGAAAAAAAUUUGUAAUGAACAAUAAAACAUUUAUCUCAUAUUGGAACCAAACUCUUGAUUUUAACUUGCAGAAAGGGAGAAUGUGUAGAUGGAAAAGUGUUUUAAGUUGGAAAGCCACAGCUAGUUCCCAUUAUGCAUACUUCAUCGCACUGAAACUGUGGAGUUUGUUGGCUGAAUAGUUAAAGUAUGUUAAAGUAUGUAUUGUAGUGAAUACUGUCAUACAUUAAACUCUUCAGUGCACACUUUGAGCUGGUUUCCCGUACAGGACUUAAGACCAGUCCUAGACUCAAAUACUGAAAACAGAAAAUACAGCAGUGCCAUUAUUUUGACUCGAGAUGCACAACUGUAACGCUUGUGUGUGAGAACGACUUAAAUGUCCCAGUUUAUCUAAGGUCUAGCCCUGGUUUAAACUAAUCCCUGUGAGAGAACACCCUGUGUUUUUAAAUAAGUGUCAGCCUUGAGCUAUCAAUUCCUUACUUUUAAUGAAUCAUUUUACGCACACCUGGAUAAUGAAUCGGAGGUUUCUAGUAUUUAUGAUUUGAGAACGACUCUUUAGGGUGUAAACUAAGUGUUGACAGUGUUUGUGUUUUCUAUCCAUGACUAACAGCAGAGAUCGAGCGGCAGAAUAUUUUUAUCGACAAGAGAAACUGUAUUUGGAGAUUUAUUUGUCUGUAGAUGAUGAGGAGGGAAGGUCAUGAGGUUAAACUGACAAACGCGCACACACACCUGAACCACGAGCAGCUAGAUCACACAUAUAGAGAAAUAAACUAUAUUUUUAUAGGUCAGAGUAUGUUUAUCUUUUCCUUAAGAGUUCUAAAACGGCUUUUGCAGCCUCAGGCUUAUUUGGAUGUCAUGUCAAUAAUUUUUUUUAAUGUUGAGUAUUAUUUUAGUGUGUUUCUGUUGACAAACAACCAUGUGUCAUAACUACUGGAAAAUAUGCCUUUAUUGUUUUGUGUUAUUAUGAAUACAGCUUGAAAAAUGUGUGUACUUGAAUAUAAAGUCACUUACUGCAGAAUGUAUUUUUACAUGAUUAUUAAAGAUUGCUUUUUCAGAA